AUGUCUUACUCGACCCAACAAAUCAUGUACAGUCUGAAGCGGUCUACGUCUUUUACACAGAACGUGAAAGCACUCAAACCGUUUGACUCUGGUGAUAUAAAAAUAUUAUUACUGGAGAAUGUGAACCAAUCUGCCGUUGAAAUUCUGACAAAGGCAGGAUAUCAGGUUGAAACUCACGAUAAAGCUCUUCCGGAAGAUGUCCUUAUAGAGAAAAUUCGCGAAGUGCAUUGUAUUGGAAUUCGUUCUAAGACGAAACUCACCUCGAAAGUUCUUCGUGAAGCGAAAAAACUUUUGGUGAUUGGUUGCUUCUGCAUUGGCACGAAUCAAGUCGAUUUGGAUUUUGCUGCUAAGAAAGGAGUUGCAGUGUUUAAUUCCCCCUUUAGCAAUAGUCGAAGUGUAGCAGAAUUGGUGAUUUCUGAGAUCAUCACAUUAUCAAGGCAAUUGGGUGACCGUAACAUUGAGAUGCAUCAAGGGAUUUGGAAUAAAGUAUCCUCAAAAUGUUAUGAAAUUCGUGGAAAGACCCUCGGGAUUGUUGGCUAUGGUCACAUUGGGUCUCAACUGUCGGUUCUUGCCGAAUCCAUGGGAAUGUCAGUAUAUUUCCACGAUAUAGUUCAGAUGAUGCCCUUGGGGACCGCAAAACAAGUUGGUUCUCUUCAGGAACUUUUAGAACGAUCUGAUUUUCUCAGUAUACAUGUUCCUGAAACAGAUGAAACUAUAAAUAUGAUUGGUCUCGAAGAAAUUAAUAAGAUGAAAAAAGGAAGUUAUCUGAUAAAUGCUUCACGUGGUACUGUCGUUCAAAUCCCGGCUUUAGUAAAGGGCUUGCAAAGUAGCCAACUGGCAGGUGCAGCAAUUGACGUGUAUCCACGUGAACCCUCUUCAAACGGUCCCAAUUUUAAUGACAAGUUAAAUAGUUGGGCAACCGAACUUCUGAAAUGUAAAAAUUUAAUAAUGACUCCACAUAUUGGUGGAUCGACUGAAGAGGCGCAGAAAAUGAUCGGCGUCGAAGUCGCAACAGCGCUUUUCAAAUACAUAAAUUACGGAACCUCAAUCGGUGCUGUGAAUUUCCCUGAGAUUGAUCUCCGAGCUAUUCAAGAAUUAGAAGAGAAGAAAAUUCGAAUCCUCUUUGUUCACCAGAACGUUCCUGGUGUAUUGAAGGAAAUCAAUCAAAUGCUUUCGGAUCAUAACGUUGAAAAACAAUAUUCCGACUCACAUGGUGAAAUAGCAUAUAUGAUGGCUGAUGUUUCAGAU